AUGCACCAGCAGCCACAAGUUCCAUUCCCUAAUAGGCUGAAGCAACAGAAAAUGGAGAAGGAAUUUGCUAAGUUUCUUGAAAUAUUUAAAAGUUUACAUAUUAUCAUUCCUUUUGCUGAUGCUUUAGCCCAGAUGCCACACUAUGCAAGGUUUUUGAAGGAAUUAUUGGCAAACAAAAAGAAACUGGGAGAUGUGGCUACAAUUGCUUUGAAUGAGGAAUGUUCUGCUAUCCUUCUAAACAGGCUGCCUCAGAAACUCAAAGAUCUAGGGAGUUUCACUAUUCGUUGUACCAUAGGCAGUUUAAAAAUUGAAAAAGCUUUAUGUGACCUAGGAGCUAACAUCAAUUUAAUGCCAUUUUCUAUCUUCAAGAAAUUGGGAUUGGGGGAACCCCAACCCACUAGAGUGGCAUUCCAAUUGGUUGAUAGAUCCAUUAGACAUCCUAGGGGGAUCAUAGAAGAUGUGUUAGUUAAAGUUGACAAAUUCAUUUUUCUAGUUGAUUUCAUUGUGUUAGACAUGCAAGAAGAUGUUGAGGUCCAACUUAUCCUAGCGACGAUUGAUGUCCAACAAGGACAACUCAGCCUUAGGAUACAAGAUGAGGAGAUAAUUUUUAAAAUUUUUGAUGCUAUGAAACAUGCACCCUCUAGUGAUGAUUCAUGUUAUGUGAUUGAUGCCAUUGAUAUGACAAUUG